CUGCUUUUGUGGAGGGUAGCAAGUUGAUACAAGAAGAGCAGGUUCCCUACAGAAAAGAAACUAAAAGCUCUUGGAGCAGCUUAUUAAGAUUUGGAAUGGAUGCGAGUCCUCUGGGAGGAUUAGAACUGUCUGAACAUACUUCUGGUCUAGUAGGGAAUACCACCAUGGCAGCAGGUCUUGCAAACGUAGGAAAUACAUUUGGUGGUGCUCCAAGUUCUUUAGUUUCUAGACCUAGUAAAUUCCAAAACUCACCUAUAGAAGAUGAUGAUGAUGUAGUUUUUAUUGAACCUAUACAACCUCCACAAAAUUCUGCAUCACUGAUAGCAGAUCAAAGGAACACUGCAUUUACAUCAUCCAAAAAUGAAGAAUUUCAAGGGAAUGACUGCAAAGUGCUUCCUCCUCCAAAAGACUUAAAUUCUCAGAAGGGGAGCAUAAGUGAAACUAUUAUUAUUGAUGAUGAAGAAGACAUUGAAACGAAUCAAGGACAAGAGAAGAAUGCUUCCAGUUUUAAUGAACGAAGGCUUCCAGAGUGUAAAAAUAGAACCAACGAUAUGGAAUUCUCAGCUUCCAGUUUUUCGAGAAGUAAGACCAAGACUGGUGUAGGACCUUUCAAUCCUGGUAGAAUGAACGUGGCUGGAGAUGUAUUUCAAAAUGGAGAAUCUGUGACUCAUCAUAAUCCUGAUUCUUGGAUAUCCCAGUCAGCUUCCUUCCCUAGAAAUCAGAAGCAACCAGGUGUGGAUUCCUUGUCACCUGUAGCAUCACUUCCUAAGCAGAUUUUCCAGCCUUCUGCCCAGCAGCAGCCUUCUAAACAGGUUAAAGUCACAUGUGCAAACUGCAAAAAGCCUUUGCAAAAGGGACAGACUGCCUAUCAGCGAAAAGGAUCUGCUCACCUUUUUUGUUCUACUGCCUGCCUCUCAUCAUUCUCACACAAACCCACUCCAAAGAAACUCUGUGUUAUGUGCAGAAAGGAUAUAACAACAAUGAAAGGUACCAUUGUUGCUCAAGUUGAUUCAAGUGAGUCUUUCCAGGAGUUUUGUAGUACAUCGUGCUUAUCCUUCUAUGAAGAUAAACAGAGUCCCUCAAAAGGAGCUUUGAAUAAAUCAAGAUGCACUAUCUGUGGUAAACUAACUGAGAUUCGUCAUGAAGUUAGCUUUAAAAAUAUGACUCAUAAGUUGUGCAGUGACCAUUGCUUCAAUAGAUACAGAAUGGCAAAUGGCUUAGUAAUGAAUUGCUGUGAGCAUUGUGGGGAGUAUUUGCCCAGUAAAGGAGCUGGAAACAAUAUUCUUACUAUUGAUGGUCAGCAGAAAAGAUUCUGCUGUCAGAACUGCGUUGGUGAAUACAAGCAGCUAUACCAAAAGGGACAGGAUAGCUAUUCGAUUAAGAAAUAUGGCAAAUUAACAUCUUGUGCUGGCUGCAGAGCCCAGUGCAGGUUUUUUGACAUGACUCAGUGCAUAGGAUCUAAUGGGUAUGUGGAGCCAUACUGUUCAGCUGCAUGCAUGAACACACACAAAUCAAAAUAUGCAAAAUCACAAAGUUUGGGAAUUAUUUGCCACAUUUGUAAGUGAAACUCUUUACCUCAAUAUCAAGCCAGAAUGCCUGAUGGAAAACUGUACAACUUUUGCAGUUCCAGUUGUGUAGCUAAAUUUCAGACUCUCAGUGUGCAGUCUUCAACAAAUGGUCAGUUCGUCUCUCCCAGUGAUAUUCAGUUGAAAUGUAAUUACUGCAAAAAUUCUUUUUGUUCAAAGCCAGAAGUACUGGAAUGGGAGAACAAAGUGUAUCAGUUCUGCAGCAGAGCGUGUUCUGAUGAUUAUAAGAAACUACACUGCAUAGUGACAUACUGUGAAUACUGUCAGGAAGAGAAAACACUGCAUGAGACGGUGAAUUUCUCUGGCAUCAAAAGACCCUUUUGUAGCGAAGGCUGCAAGCUGCUAUAUAAACAAGACUUUGCAAGACGGUUAGGACUGAGAUGUGUUACUUGUAAUUACUGCUCACAGCUGUGCAAAAAGGGAGCAACUAAGGAACUUGAUGGUGUAGUGAGAGAUUUCUGCAGUGAAGAUUGCUGUAAAAAAUUUCAGGACUGGUACUACAAGGCUGCACGAUGUGACUGUUGUAAGUCUCAAGGAACUCUUAAAGAGAAAGUGCAGUGGCGUGGUGAAAUGAAACACUUCUGUGAUCAGCACUGUUUGCUCCGUUUCUACUGUCAACAAAAUGAACCAAAUCUGGCAACCCAGAAAGGACCUGAGAACUUACACUAUGAUCAGGGCUGUCAGACCCCUCGAACAAAAGUAACAGGCUCAGCACCACCACCUUCUCCAACACCCAACAGAGAAAUGAAGAACAAGGCAGUUCUCUGCAAGCCUUUGACAAUGACAAAAGCCACAUAUUGUAAACCUCAUAUGCAGACAAAAUCUUGUCAGACAGAAGAUGAUUGGAAAAAAGAGUAUGUCCCAGUGCCUAUUCCUGUACCUGUCUAUGUCCCGGUGCCUAUGAACAUGUAUAGUCAAACUGUUCCUGUUCCUACAACGAUUCCUGUUCCUGUGCCAGUUCCAAUUUUCUUGCCCACUUCUCUGGAUAACAGUGAGAAAAUCCUUGCAGCAGUAGAAGACCUGAGGGGAAAAGUACCCUCAAAUUCUCUGGAAACUGAGCUACUGAACUUGUCAGGAAUGGUACCUGACCAUGAUGGAAAAAAUGAAAAUUCUGAUGUGACGAGUGUGAUAGUUGAGUCAAAUCUACUGAACUCAGAAACAGAGGCACAGACAAGCUUGCCUGAUGUUCCAUAUGAACCAGACCUUGAUAUUGAAAUAGACUUUCCAAGAGCAACUGAGGAGCUUGAUACAGAAAAUGAGUUUUUGUUGCCUCCUGUUUUUGGAGAAGAAUAUGAGGAACAGCCAAGACCGCGGCCCAAAAAGAAGGGGGUGAAGAGGAAAGCGGUGUCAGGAUACCAGUCUCAUGAUGACAGCUCUGAAAACUCAGAGUGUAGUUUCCCCUUCAAAUAUGCCUAUGGUGUCAAUGCAUGGAAGCACUGGGUAAAGUCUCGGUGUUUAGAUGAAGAGCUUCCAGAAUUAGAAGAACUGAAGUCAACAAAGCCUGUGAAAUUAAAGGAAGAUCUAUUAUCACAUACUUCAGCUGAGUUAAACUAUGGGUUGACACAUUUUGUCAAUGAAAUUCGAAGGCCAAAUGGAGAGAACUAUGCACCUGACAGCAUCUAUUAUCUGUGUCUUGGGAUUCAGGAGUAUUUAUAUGGAAGCAAUCGAAAAGACAACAUAUUUAUUGAUCCAAUCUACCAGACGUUUGAACAGGAGUUAAAUAAAAUCCUUAGAAGUUGGCAACCAAGCAUACUUCCAGAUGGAUCAAUAUUCUCUCGAGUUGAAGAAGAUUAUCUUUGGAGGAUUAAACAGCUAGGAUCACAUUCACCGGUUGCUCUUCUGAAUACUCUAUUCUACUUUAACACUAAAUAUUUUGGCCUGAAAACAGUGGAGCAGCACUUAAGACUUUCUUUUGGCACUGUUUUUAGACAGUGGAAAAAAAAUCCUCUAACUAUGGAAAGCAAAGCUUGUCUUCGGUAUCAAGUGUCUUCCCUGUGCAGAGCUGAUAGUGAAGAUAAAAUUACUACUGGAAAAAGGAAACACGAAGACGAUGAGCCAGUAUUUGAACAAAUUGAAAACACGUCUGAUCCAGCUAGAUGCCCUGUGAAAAUGUUUGAGUGCUAUCUGUCCAGAAGCCCACAGAAUCUUAAUCAGAGGACGGACAUGUUUUAUCUGCAGCCAGACUGCUCUGUCUCCGUGGAGAGUCCCAUCUGGUACACUGCCACUUCCCUGGACCGCAACGCUUUGGAAAACAUGCUUGUACGGGUUCUUUUAGUAAAAGAUAUUUAUGAUAAAGACAAUUACGAACUGGAUGAAGACAUAGAUUAAAACAAACUUCCAAAAACUGUUGAGAAAACGAACAGCAUUAGAUAUAGUCAUGCUGCUAGACCUUUACUAUGGAAAACAUUUCAAGUUUACCCUUUGUUUUAUGAGUUUUGUAGCAGUGUGUACCCUCCCCUGGGUAUUACCGUGUAAAUAGUCCAUGAGUGAAAGUUUCCAUUAUUCUGCAUAGUGGUUUUAGGAUCCGUAA